AUGUCACAGGUUACAGCGAAGCAGUCGUUUCGGUCGUUUAUAUGGGAUACCGACACACAUCUCAAGUCUGUUGAAGAGCGAAAGCUUCUGCGGAAGCUUGAUGCUGCUAUUCUCAGUAUUGGAUGCUUGGGCUUUUUCUUGAAAUACCUCGAUCAAAACAAUCUUACCAAUGCCUAUGUUAGUGGUAUGCAAGAGGACCUUAAGAUGUUCGGCAAUCAAUACACCUAUGCUGGAACUUUCUAUACCUGCGCAUAUGCUAUUAUGCAGAUACCAUCGACUCUCAUCAUUCAAAAAGUACGACCGAGCUACUGGCUAGGUCUCAUGGAAAUUGGAUGGGGAACUUUUACUUUUGCACAAGCUGGAAUGCACAGUGUUCCACAGCUGUAUACCUUUCGAUUUCUUGUUGGGCUUUUCGAAAGUUCAUUCUUCCCAUGUAUGCUCUUUAUACUUGGCUCGUGGUACACCAAAACUGAGCUCGCGAAGCGUAUCGCUAUAUUUCACAUGACUGCACCGCUGGGAACGGCAUUCAGCGGCUAUCUGCAAGCUGCUGUUUACACAAAUCUUAAUGGACGCCAUGGGCUCGCGGGCUGGCGAUGGCUCUAUAUCGUGUGUGGGAUUAUGACUCUUCCUGUUGGGUUUGCAACAAUAUUUCUUCUCCCGGAUACACCCCAUACCACUCGCGCCUGGUAUUUAACGAAAAAUGAAUGUGCGCUUGCAAUUGAACGAGUCGAGAAGGCUGGAAAAGCGGCCCCUGUACCAAUAACAUGGGCCAAAGUUAGACGCAUGUUCACUAGAUGGAGAUGGUAUGCACUUGUAUUGGGCUACAUUCUGUACGGAACGAGUUGUGCAGCAAGUAGCUAUUUUGCUAUUUGGCUCAAAGCUGAGAAGUUCUCUGUCACUUCGCGGAACGUUAUUCCAUCGGGUGCCAGUUUGAUAUCUGCUUUCUGUGUCAUUUCAUGGGGUUUUGGUGCGGAUUAUUCUGGAAGUCGUUUUGCAUUUGUGAUUGGACCAUUAAGUUAUGGGUUAAUCCCCAAUGGCAUUCUUGCCGUUUGGCCGAAAAGCGUGAAGUUGAAAGAGUUUGCUUUUCUCACGGAUGGUAUUCAAAUCAUGACUGCAGUUUUUUACACAUGGGCAAAUGAGAUAUGUGCAGGAGAUAGCGAGGAGCGAGCUAUUGUUCUAAGCAGUAUGAAUGGCUUGCAAUACGCUGUAGCGGCAUGGCUUCCAAUUGUCAUAUUUCCGCAGACCGAAGCACCCACAUUUCGUCGUGGCUUCCUAGCUACGUUUGGAUUUGUCAUCGCAGCUCUCAUUGCCAUCUUACUUAUCCAGUUCCUCCAUACGCGCGAGUUGAAGCAGAAAGCAGUGAUGAACCACGACGAUACUGAAGCAAUAAACCCCGAGGAUAUUUUACAUAUCGAGAGUGGGCCAAUUAAGGGAAUUGAGAGUGGCGAGUUCCGAGAAGUACCAACAGCUGGAGCUGUUGUUUCCCAAUGGAAUGCGAUGGGAGACCGGGAGUGUAGACUAGUGACAGGCUCUCUACGCAGUCAAUAA